AUGACGUCGCAGUUGGCUCUCAGCCGCUUCAGUCUGAACGACGCCGGGCUCGACAACGAGUUCGACCUGCUGCUGGGCGCGCCCGUGUUUGUGUUCCUCUGCUUCGUCUACUUCGGCCAGACGUGGCUGCUGCUGGAGCCGGCGCACUGGUGCCGCUCCCCGGAGCUCGACGCGCUCGGCUUCGGCCCGCGACAGGCGCGCCGCCUGUCGGUGCCGCCCGACGAGCACGGCGGCUACGACCAGUGCCGCACCUACGACGUCAACUACACCCUGCUGGUGAGCAGCGGCAACUGGAGCGGCCUGGGCCCCGGCACGCCCACGACGUCCUGCCGACACGGCUGGCACUUCGACUUCGGCACCCUCUACCCCACCGCCGUGUCCGAGUUCGGCUGGGUGUGCGAGAACGCCUGGCUGAAGCCCUUCGUGUCGUCCAUGUUCUUCGUCGGCGCCGUGAUCGGCACCAUGGUCUUCGGCUACCUCGCCGACAGGUUCGGCCGGCUGCCGGCGCUGGUCUCGGCAAACUGCGUGCUGGCGCUGGUGCUGCUCAGCGAGUCGGUCGGCGCCCGCUACCGCACGCUCGUCAUCAACGUGCCGAUGGCCACCUCCUUCAUGCUGGCGGCCGUCUGCCUGCCGUGGCUGGCCUCCGGCCUGGCGCACUGGCGCACACUGGCGCUCGUCACUGGCGCGCCGAUGGCCGGCGCCGCGCUGUACGCCUACACGGUGCCCGAGUCGGCGCGCUGGCUGCUGCGCCGGCUGGCCGCUGAGAACGGCCGGUUCGUGCCCGACGCCGUGUUUGCGGCGUUCGAGGAGCGGGCGCGGCGGCGCGCGGCGCAGCAGCGGCAGUCGGCCUCCGUGGCCGAACUGUUCCGGCGGCCGGCGCUGCGCGGCCGCACCCUGGUGCUCAUGUUCACCACCAUGGCCAUGAUGCUCAGCUUCGACAGCAGCGUGCGCAAUACCAACUUCGACAUCGACAUGCGCGUGGCGGCCAGCGUGCUCAGCCUGAUGGAGCUGCCGGCCGACUUGAUCGUGCUGUUCCUGGCCGAGGCCGUGGGCAGGCGGGCCACGUUCAGCGGCGCCCUGCUCAUGGCCGCGCUCAGCUCCCUCAUGCUGGGUCUCACCCUGCACGCGCGCACCCUGCCCACCGUCUCCACCACGUUCGCCAUGCUGAACCGACUUUUCGCGACGGUGGCGGCCAACAUCUGCUGGCAGGUGGGCAUCGAGCUGACGCCGACCCAGGUGCGUUCGCAGGGCUGCGGUCUGAUCCACGUGGCCGGCCACGCGGUCGCCUUCUUCAGCCCGUACAUCCUGCACCUGCACCGGCAGAUGCGCGGCCUGCCGCAGCUGCUCCACUCGCGCACCGUCAGCCUGAGCGCGUUCGGCCUGCUACAGGCCCAGGUGCGGUUCGCCGACGAUAGCAGCGACAGUCUGAAUGUGCUCGAGCCGAGCCAGCGGGGCGCCGCCGGUGCUGCCCCGGGCGUCGGCCUGCCCGCGAAUCUCGCCACCCGAGAGUUUCGUCCGAGCUUGCUGUAG